AUGCGCGCGCCGCGAUAUAUCUGCACGCUAAUGAGCCUGGCCCUUUGGUCGAGCGUUAGUGGGUUCCAGGGCGAGCUUCCCGCCACAGUGUGUCCGUUUCGGGACGAGGUAAUGAGCCUGGACUACGCGCUGAGCUCGAUACUCGUCCACGAGGAAGGGAAGACGGUCCCGUCACAGUUCCGCGUGCUGCAGGAGGUCGUCGACGCGGCGAGAAGCGUGUGCGGCGACACAUUUCUGUUCUAUACUACCGCGGGAGGCCAGACGAUGUUCGCACCUACCGAUCAGGCCUUCGAAGAGCUCUUCAUCGAACUGAACCGGGGCCUCGAGGAGUUGCUGAGCGACCCGACGCUGCUUUGCGGCCUGGUGCGGUACCACCUCACCGUGCCGUGCACUCAGGUGAACAACGCGCUGUGGGGAAGGUCAUGUGGAUUCCUUUUGACGAACGAUCUGGUCGAUGCGCAGCCCCUGGAGACUUUGUUCAGCGACCAGGCUCUGAGCGCCGGACUGGAACUGACGGGCGUCGGGUCCGCUUCGAGCCUGCUUUUUGUCGCCAUAGCGCAGGAGGUGUCCACCAGGAAGAUCAGGAUCGAUGGGUAUAUGAAGAGGGGCGCGGAUGUCAUCGUGCCUAACAUCGUAUUGUGCGAAUCGCUUGCGGUGCACGUCGUGGAGACCGUCCUGGUGCCCGCGGCGGCGUUUUAUUCGUCCGUCGAGUCGCUCAUAUCGUCACUGCCGGAGCUGAGCAUAACUGCCGAGGCAUACUUCCUUACCAAGCCGCUGAGGGACAGCUUGCUUGUUCCGCAGCCGUUCGGGCAACAGCAAGUCUCCGCGCAGCGAUUCUUCCUCGGAGAUGUCGUCAUCAUCCCGCCUCUGAUUCCCAGGGGAGAUCUUCCCCUUCCUUUCCUUCCCGACGUGGGAAUGUGCGAGCCGGGUGUCGUCGUGCCGGGCUUGGACAUGCGAACCGUUUUUGCACCCACGGACACAGCGUGGAAGAACUUUUUCAAGCGCGUCGGGCUUUCCAAGGAGCAAGUUUUCAGCGAUCCAGAGCUACUACUUUCGACGCUGCAGUACUCAGAAGUUCUCGCGUCUUUCGAGACGCCUCCCAUCAGUGCUGACGGGUUGCUCGCAGGGUCGAGGUUUUUUUCGUACAACCUUUACCCGCUCGAGAUUUUACAGAGCUCCGUCGUGCCCGAGCUGCUGUUCGUGCUCCCGAUCUUAGGACCCGGAUUGGACGUAUUGAAUUUCUUUGAUCUCAUUGUCGACAUCACCUGUGUCGGGAACAAACGGAUUGUGACCAUUGAAGGGCAGAGGUACGCGAUGUUGGGAAGGAACCAGGCAGUUGUGGUUGCACCAGACUUGGUGGCCUGUGACGGAUUGAUUCACGUUGUUGACAGCGUUUUGAUCACCCCUGCCUUGACUACUCUACGGCAACUGACCCUCAGACCUGAAUUGUCGCUUUUUACCCAACUUAUCACCAGCCCAGUGGAACUAGAUUCGGAAUUCCCACACGAAUUGUCAUUUCUGUCGCAGGGUUACACGCCAGAGGAUAUCCUCGUUCCGUACAUCGAUCCAUAUAUUGCCUUUUUAAUUCGCCAACAACUGGCGCAAUACCACCUGAUUCUGGACCUUGUUCCAAGAGGGGGACUGAUUCCGCAGGAAGACUUCCGAUUGUGUCUCCUGGCAGAAACUGACGUUUUUGAUACACGACUUGCAUAUCCGUUACUCGCGAAGCCUUGCAACAUAUUCCUUGGAUUUAGCAUAAUCAAGCAAGUCGGCAUUUAUAUUCAAGGCGUGCGCUCACUCUUUUCGAAAGUGCCACCAGGACUUCCAGAUCCGCUCCGGAGCGUUUUUAUUGAGGGGAGGCUCAAUUUCGGGAGAGUCAUCGUUCCGGAUCUCGUUUCGUCUAAUGGCGUUGUGCAGGUUAUUGAUACGAUGCUCAUACCUCCCACCGCUGAGCUAGGAUUGACGCUCUAUGAUCGAAUUGCGAGGACGCCGUGGCUAAAGCUUCAUGAGGAAAUUUUGUUACUUCUCGGCCUCGAACGCGAGUUUCGCGGAUCGUGUCUCCCGCCGGGCGAUGCUAGCGCGUUUGCGAUUACUGAUGCGGCAUGGCUGGCCUUCUUCGCGAAGCUUGCGUUUUCAAAAGACAUGUUCUUGGAAAGCUUCACGGCAAUUAUGUAUGAUAUCAUGCUGUUCUCACUUAUUUCUGACAGAGAAGAAGUCAUUCUUGAUCUCGGCGUGGCGCUCGACUACGUAUAUGCGCCCCUUGAGCCGCAGUACAUUUCAAACGCUGAGGUGUUUCCGACAACUUUGUCGCGCUACUGGCAAUCACCUGCAGACCUUCAGUUCCUGAGGCAUGAUUCAUAUGCAAAGAAUGAAACACAAGAUGUUCAGCAUGGCAACAACGUGUAUCCAGGAAAUCAACCGAAUGUAGCUCAAAUUAUCCCACCAGACACUCGAACAGGGCAGCUCGCACUCAAUGGAGAUCUGCACGUGAUAGACAAAGUUCUUCUUCCCAACCCGCGUGCAUUCUGUCGUGCUGGCGACUUCGAGUUUUACAUGGGCUCCGCGUUUUCCAGCGUGAUUGCUUCACAGCAGGACCAAUCGGGUCAAGUGAUAAAUAGCAUCGUUCCGCGGGCAUUUGCGUAUGAUUUCUGCGACAAACUUCCGUGCACGUAUGAGAUUCCGGGUCUGUACGGCAGAGCUGGAUUUCGGCUCUCAGUCGAGGCGACGGUGCAAUUUAAACACGUUCUUCCGCUUUGCGAUCCGUGGUGUGAUCCUACGCAAUAUUGGUGGUGUAUUCCGUGCACAGGAAUUUACGCACAAACAAUAUUAACGAUCGGAGGGUGUGCUCCGUAUCAAACCACUUUACAUUGCGGUGGCGCACUUUCGAUUUGGGUCACCGAUGCCGGUGAAGUGCGUUUCGGCUUUCAAACCUUUGUUGAGAGCUUUUCGCUGCUUCCAAUUUUUUUCGGAGGUGGAAUGCGGGUGGUUGAUUUAUCCGUCCCGGCGUUGGGCUUCAAAGCGCACGACAAACAGGUUUUCAAGGUUCUCGCUACUUACGACGGAUUGUGUAACUGCACUAAAAUUUACGUUAACGAUAAACUGCGCGGAAUUGCUGACCCGUUCGACAUGGGUCAGUACGUUUUCCAGCCUUUCGAGAACGUGGCUGGCAACCUACGCGAGAGCAUUACGCUGGGUGCCAGCAAGCACUCGCUGACCCCCGUGAAUCCCGCGUUGCAAUAUCCUGAUCCAAGCGCUGUUCAGGCGGGCACUGGAGGCAUCGGUUCGCUCAACUCCACGGGCCCUAACCUGUACCUUAGUCCCAAGGACUGGUCCAUUCCCGCAGCUGGUCAGUAUGCGACGUACCCGGCCGAUCCGGUUCUGGCUGGGCGGAACCCGACGCAGGUGUACCUGCCGUGGAAGGGAAACAUCAUCUCGACGAGCGUCUGGUUCGAUAACGGCAUCAGACAGGGUAUCGUGUACCCGAGUACCUGCAUUCCACCACCUUUUGCAGGGCCACCAACCUGA